UUAAACACACCCACAACACUGAGACAGGAAGUGAGAAGCUACUACUCGUGAAUCCACGCGUGUUUUAUUCCAAUGUUUACAAUACCGAACUUGCUCUUUUAACGAAAUACAUGCUAGCAAUUUUGUUAAAAAAAAUGGUAUAUGUUUUAAUUAGGGAUUUGAUAUUGUAUAUUUGAACCGAACGUAUUUCCAGUGACGUCGUAGGACUGUAAAUCAUGACAGAGGUGCACAGUAAAGUCCCAGUGGACAGUGGGAAUAUCAUGGAUCUGUUUAACAGGGCAAAACCAGUCAGAGUGUGUGCACCUAUGGUCCGAUACUCGAAGUUGGCUUUCAGAUGUCUGGUGAGGAAAUAUGACUGUGAUGUGUGUUUCACCCCAAUGAUCAUUGCAGCUGAUUUCAUGCGCUCUGCAAAAGCUCGAGACAGUGAAUUCACCACCAAUAAGACUGACAGACCGUUGAUCGUCCAGUUUGCUGCAAAGGAUGCACAGACGCUGGCAGAUGCGGCGAGUGUGGUUUCUCCUUUCUCAGAUGGGGUGGAUUUGAACUGCGGCUGUCCACAAAGGUGGGCCAUGUCUGAAGGCUACGGUGCGUGUCUGAUUAACAAACCUGAGCUGGUGAAAGACAUGGUUCGACAUGUCCGAAACCAAAUCGACAAUCCCAACUAUACAGUAUCGGUUAAAAUAAGAAUUCACAAGGAUAUGAGGAAGACGGUGGAUCUGUGUCAGAAGGUGGAGGCAGCAGGAGUCUCCUGGGUCACAGUUCACGGUCGUACCGCUGACGAGAGACACCAGCCCGUUCACUACGAUGCCAUUAAGGCCAUAAAGGACAGUCUUUCCAUCCCAGUCAUCGCUAACGGUGACAUCAAGAGCAUGCAGGACGUGGAGGCCAUCUACGAGCUCACAGGGGUGGACGGUGCGUGAUACAGAAUGACGUUGCAGUGGACUGCGGUUGCAUCGUUCUUGUAUGUGGAGAUCGGUGUCCUCGUCAUCUUAUGUCUGCCCUUCAUCUCCGCUCAAAGAUGGCAGAGUAUUUUCAAAUGGAGCAUCUGGAACCGUCUUUCCCAGUUCUGGAACAAGGGCUUUCUCACCAUGAUAAUAAUCCUCAUCGUUCUCUUUCUUGACGCCCUGCGGGAGGUGAGGAAGUACUCAAAUGCUGACCAGAGCAAAGACGCCAAACUGCAACCCAACAUGUUUGACCACAUGCACAUGAAGCUCUUCCGAGCCCAGAGGAACCUCUACAUCUCUGGUUUCUCGCUCUUCCUGUGGCUUGUCAUGAGGAGGGUCAUCACUCUGAUUAACCAGCUGGCCACGGCUGUGAGCACCAGCAUCGCUCUGCAGACUCAGGCUGACAGCGCCAACAAAGCUGCCAAGAAAUACAUGGAGGACAAUGAGAUGCUCAAACAGGCACUUACAGACGGUAAAGGAGAAGGAGGGAAGACGCAGGAUCCAGAAGUGAACAAAGCGCUGAAGAGAGAUGUGCAGAGACUGACGGAGGAGCUGAAGAGCAGCACAGAUGCUCUGAAAAAGUCCCAUUCAGAUUUGGACGCCAUGAAGAAACAAUCUGAAAGUCUGACCAAAGAAUAUGACCGUCUCCUUCAAGAGCACCAGCAGCUUCAGAAUCAGCUGGACAGUGGAGACAAAAAGGUGAACUAGGAAAGUGGACGCAUUGGAAACCUGUACGUUAUUGCACAAUAAUCACGAAUAUGCUCGGUUCCUCUCACAUGCACUCACCUGGUAGCAUGACAUGCAAACUGUUAUGAGCUCUCAGUUCAUGACAUCACAUCCUGUCAGGUUUCCAGCUCACCACACAUCUGAUGUGAUCCCUCUAGUUUCGAUGUUGCAGCGGUGCAGUGCUGUAUUUUGAGAUUGCUGCAUAAUGCAAAAAGUGACUGAUGUUUGCACGUCGCAUUCUGAUAUCCCUCAUGUUGCUUUCCUCCUCCUCUGCUCGGUUCUCUCUCUUAUUUUGUUUAAAAGUGCAUAUCACACCUGGUUAGUCAUGCAACAUCCAGAAACAUGCAAACACGAGUCAACCAUAGUACUUGUCCAUUUCCAUUCAUAUUUUCCAAAGAAGACAUAAUGCAAGCCUAUCUAAGGUGACAUACAUUACAGGCUCCUUUAGUCAUUUGAUCAACUUUAAUUAAGAAGAAUAAAACCGUAUACACACAAACAACAGGUAAGAAGUAAACACAUCACAAUGAGAGCAUGUAUUUCCUGGCUGAGCGAACAGUCUGUUAGUGAGCGGUUAGUGUUUGUCCUCGAGUCUGGAGAGGUAGGUCAAUUACACCUGAGUUCAAACGCUGUUAGCUGUUGAAUAAAUGCUGAAAUGUGAAAGAUUUCACAGUCCGAUAGAGAGAAGUGAUAAUUUUUUUUAAUUUUGAGUCCAUUUGAGGUAGAUGGUUUUGUGCUAUCGAUGCUUAAAAACAAAACAUGUCCAGGCCAUAUUUCACCCCAUUAAAAAAAAAAAAAAAAAAGAUUCUAUUACAAACAAUAUUGUUUUUUUUUAGAAUGUUUUAUUACUAAUAAGCACAUUUUUAUGCAAACUUUUUUUUUUUUUCAGAUUUGGGAGAUAUAAACUUAGAAAAAAAGUCAGAAUUACUAGAUAUAAACAAUUGUGAGAAGUCGCAAUUAACUUUAAUUUUGUUUCAUUUUUUAGUCCAUUGCAGAAGCAAACAAACAAAAACAAAUUCAAAUAUAUAAACUUUUCAAUUUUUAUUUAGUAAUUCCUAUUUAUAUUAUAUAUAUCUCCUAACAUUGAGUUUAGGUUUUAUUUUUUAUUUAAUUUUUUUCACAGAAUUACUAGAAAAACAUUGCAAUUAAUUACAAUGUUUUUCUAGAAUAGUCAAAGCAUAAUGUAUUUACAAAAUGUACACUGAAGAGAAUUAUUAAUUUUCUUUAUUGGAAAAUAUAGCUUGACCUGGACAUGUUUUGAGGAGAUUCACUCUGUUAUUAGAUGAGGGCUGGCUAUUUUAUGUCACUGUUUGCUUAUUCUAGUCACUAAAAUUUUACUAUUAAAACUAUUUAGACUUGUGUAAAGAUUAAAAGUCUGAUUAUUAUCCUCUGCUGUAAGACACGGCUGAAUCAGAUUUCUGUCAUAAGAUUAUAAUUGUUUUUUUCAUUUACUAAGAAUAAGCCGUCACCCACCGUGUGGGUGUUGAAAAUCGUGCUGUCUGUACAUGCGUCUAUGAUGCACGAGGCUACCACGCUCACUUCCUCUCUCUCAGACGCAGGAAAAAUGAGGAGAAAACCCAAAAUGUUCUUAGUUGUCAUUGCUAUGCAAGCUUGUUUGGUCGGCUGAUUCCCUAAGGAUGGAAAACAGUCUGAAAUGUCUUUAUAAGGGGAUUGUUUAUGCUAUAUCGUUAUCUUCCUGUCAAAUGUGGUCGAAUAUGCAAUUUUAUGAAUGCUAUGGGUGUAGAAAUCACCUGUCUAAGUGCCUUGUUUCCGUUCUGCUGUGAUUGUAUAUGCUAUUUUCACGAUUAAAGCGACUGAUUGUAA